AUGGCCCUGUUAACACCCACCACCCCAUCGAUGGGUGGAACGAUGGAGCUGUGCGGUGCCGGACAAAAGUCGUUCGAUGUGAAGCAAAACUAUCCCGCCUUUAGUGGUAGUGACGAAACGAUGGACAUUUGCUACGGUACGGCGGGUUUCGGCACGUCGAACGGCGCAGGAGGAAAGAUCGAUCAAACGAUGGAAAGUGCCACCGUUCAGCAACGUGACUGCUUCACGUCGAAUGUGUACGGGUUUUCCGGUGGCCCGUUUGGGCAGCAAGAUGGCUACAAGCAGUUGGCUAACCGUGCCAAGGGUGAUGGUGAUCUGUUCUUCAAGUUCGACCCGGAGUACAUCGCCAAGCUGCAGUCCUCGUCGAGCUUCCUGAUGUCACCGGCCUCGACGGUGGUGACCACUCCGCAUACCUGCAACAGUGUGCUCAGUUCGGCCAGCUUCUGCACCACAUCGACGGACUAUUACAACUACAACGAGGCGAACUGCCAGUCGAAGAAUCAGUCCCCAUGCUCGUCGCCGUUCGCCGGGGAUCCUUGGAUCGAUAAUACCUACGCGUUGAACAUGAUGAACCUGGAUGGAGGGGAUUGUUCACCGAAGCACAACAACGGCGAGCUGGAGUCUGCGGUCUGUGGUCCGGGCACACCGCUACCGUCGAUCGGAAGUGCCUUCGGUGGAACGAUUGGGGCGCAGUUCGAGAACCAGUGUCCGGUGGUUAAGGAAUCGAUCGCACCUGAGGUUGACGCUUCGAUCAACGGAAUGAUGGAUUACUUCGACAGUUCCUUCCUGGAGCAGUACAACGGUGGCGGCGCUAACGGCGCUGGCGGAACCACCGGUUCGUUCACCAUUCCCUCGCAUGGCCAGGACGCGUACAGCUACUCGGCGGAGAACUACAACGAUGCGAAUCAACUCAGCGAAAAGCCUAACCGCGAGUUUAAAGACAUCUGGAGGGAGGAAAGCCCACCGAUGGGUAGCGAGUACGGGCCGGAAGCGCUUCUCGUCGCCAAACGGGAACCGCAGGAUGAGGCCGGGCUCGAUCCGGAGCUGGAAGACGCGAACGGGCCGCUCGUCUGCCUCUGGAGCGACUGCAACAUGGAGCUGCCCGAUCAGCAGCAGCUCGUAAAGCACAUCGAGAAGCAGCACGUGGAACCGAAGAAGGGCGACGAGUUCGCAUGCUCCUGGUUGAACUGUCCCCGGCAGAUUCGCCCGUUCAAUGCCCGCUACAAGCUGCUGAUCCACAUGCGAGUGCACAGUGGCGAGAAGCCGAACAAAUGUCCGUUCCCGAACUGCGAGAAGGCUUUCUCUCGGCUGGAAAAUCUGAAAAUCCAUCAACGUUCGCAUACCGGCGAGCGUCCGUACAACUGCCAGUAUGCCGGCUGUAUCAAGGCGUUCAGCAACAGCUCGGACCGGGCGAAGCACCAGCGAACGCAUUACGAUACGAAACCCUACGGUUGCCAGCUGCCCGGAUGCACCAAGCGCUACACCGAUCCGUCUAGCUUGCGCAAGCACGUGAAAAACCAUUCCGUCAAUCUGACGGAAGCGCCCGUACGGCGGAGGUUGCACCGAACAGAGUCGCAGUCGACCGGAAAGCAUGCGACCUCGACGGCACGGCGUUUUUCCGAGCCGACCUCGAUCAAGCAGGCCUACGAGCAGCAAGCCAUGACAGUCUGCCAGGACGCGAUCAAGCUAGAGUUGGACGAUGCGUUCGAGAAGCCAUCCAAUUUGGCCCACCUCAGUCGAUCGGCGGUACCCUCGGAUACUACUUAUCAGUACGAACAACGCAUGGGCGCGUUCGAGGAGGCACUGAACGAGAUGCCCAACUGCCUGAUGAAGUACCUAUCACCGACCGGUACGAUCGCGUCCGAAGCUAUGGCCUCCCAGCUCAAUGGCAACCGGUACUUGAUGGAAAACUAUGGGCUGUCGUUCGAAAAGGAAAGCAACUAUGGCCCGGUGGAUACUGGUACCGGUGGGAGGCCGGUGAACCAAGAUGGCACUAUGACGAUGAUGAUGAUGAUGGGCGAGUCGGAUGGAUCGGGUGGGGAGAAGUAUCUGACAACCUUUAACGAGUUCGAUUUCUUCGACGGUGGAGCUGUUGCUUGA